AUGGGGAUUGCGGCUGCUGUUAGUUUGCCGGGAUUAGACUAUGACUAUGGAGCCCAGCCCAAGUUUGUUUGCACCCCAAUUCCAGCGGACGCAGACCCCAGCUGCUUCACACCAGGCGGGGCAGCACACGGACCUGUCCACGACAGACCCAGCAGUAAUGGGCAUCAUGGACCUGCUGCAGGGGCGCCCAAUGGUAACGGCAGGAGGCCGAUAGGAAUGGGGAUGGGGAUAGGAAUAUCAGACGAGGCCAAAUCCACCAUCCUGCACCUUCGCGAGAGCCUGGUGCGGCAAAAGGAGACCAUCUUAGACCAACGGGAGACGAUCAGGGAACUGACUGCCAAGCUGACCCUCUGUGAGGGCUUUGGCCGGGGGGUGGGUCAUCACGAUGACCAUCACGACGACCACCAUGGAAACGCGCGUCACAACUCCCAUCACCCGAGCUCGCAUCACUCCUACCAUGACACUGACCACCACGGGGACCCACACUACCCACUGAACAAUGGGCACCGAUCAGACCCACACCACCGAGGGAAGGAUAACCCUGGGAGCAAGCAUGGGGCCUUCUCCCCUGAGCAGACUAGGAAAACGCUACAGACACUCAAGGAGAGGCUGGAGAACUUGCAGGCCAGGAAUUCCUCCAGCUCCUAUUCAAGCUCACUGAGAGACCUCCUGCAACGUAAAAUCAACGCACUUGAGAAGCAGCUCAACAAUCACUACGGUGGGCAUCAUGAUUAUGGUCACCAUGACGACCACCACGAUGACCACCAUGACGACCACCACGAUGACCAUCCGGACGACCACCACGUCGACCACCAUGAACCUGGUCACCGUGAUGACCACCACGAUGAUCAUCACGAUGACCAACAUGGACCGGGUCACCACGACGACCACCAUGAUGACUCACACCAUAACGACCACCAUGACGAUCACCAUGACGACCAUCCUGAUGAUCAUCACGACGACCACCACGAUGAUCUUCACGAUGACCACCGUGAAAACGGUGAUGACCACCAAGGCACUGACGACCAUGCCCAUCGUCCUCGUCCAGCCUAUAACAGCAAGCCACCACCUCCAUUACCUCUUGGCCGUGGACACAACAAGCUGGAAACUGUGCUGAGCCACCUUAACCACAGGAAGUCUAACCCUGGUACCCGGAAAAAGCCAAAGAGUCCGGAUGCUUUCCAGAUUGGCUUCCCUAUGCGCACUAACUACAUGUAUGGAAGGAUAAAAAAGACCCUACUCAUUGAAAUCUUCGCCCUCACUGUCUGCCUCUGGAUAAAAGGGGGAUCAGGGCCUGGCCUAGGCACGCCCUUCUCCUACUCUGUCCCGGGACAGGCCAACGAACUGGUUCUGAUCGAAUGGGGCAACAAUCCCAUGGAACUACUGGUUAACGACAAUGCAGUGACGUUGCCCAUGGCAAUGACGGAUGGGAAGUGGCACCACCUGUGCAUGACAUGGUCGUCACACGAUGGGCAUUGGGAGGCCUUCCAGGAUGGCGUCAAAAGGGGGUCUGGAGAGAACCUAUCUGCAUGGCAUCCCAUCAAGCCUGGUGGAGUCUUUAUUCUGGGCCAGGAACAGGAUACCCUAGGUGGCCGAUUUGACGCCACCCAGUCCUUUGUGGGCGAGAUGUCAGACCUCCAGUUGUGGUCCCGCGUUCUCACACCCAAUGAAAUCUAUAGCCAGGCUUCCUGCGGAGGUCACCUGGCGGGUGACCUCAUCUCCUGGACAGAGGCAGUGGUCGAGCUUCACGGCGGGGUCACCAAAUACCCCUUUGACCCCUGCCACUAA